AUUGUCGUCUGCUACCGGUUAUUGUUUGUUAUUUGCUGACUGGGAAUCGGACAAAUCGCUGUAAUUUUUCGCGAUUACUUGUCGAAAUCUUAUCCUCAGCAUCUUUCUAGUCUAAAUGAACGGCAUUUUUGAGAGGUCAGUCAAAGGUUUUGCUCACGGUCAACUAUUAAUAUGGAAUGACAGGAAGCCUUGAAGAAUUACUAAACAAAAGACUGAAAAGAAAGAAUUCAGAAAUUUGAGAAACGAAGAGAAAAAUACUAUUAACGGACCUUGGGUUUUUAAUCAAAGUACCGUUGCAAUCCUACCUCCGUCGUUAAAUAAAGGAAAGGAGUGAUGUAUGCGUUCUUCCUAGUUAUCUCCUGCCUAACUACGAUUACUCAAGGAUGUUCGCUUUCCGUUUCGGCUGAUUGGCUUGUUAAUAAAACAUGGUGUGGUAAUUUGAUCAACGGUUUUAGAACGAGGAAACUUGAAUUGAAGUUUUCUUCAAGUCACUUAGAUGAACGUCAUUUCGGAGAUUUUUCUGCUUGGUCAAAUAAAUACAAAUGCAAGAAAAUUAUAUCGGCGGACGAUCAAUCCGUAACACUUCAACUAGUCAAAAAAUCGAACCAAAAAGAAUACUGUUAUAACUAUUACAAGUUAAGUUCCGUUGCAAUGAGACGAAGUUCCGGUCGCGAUUGUAAUAAGCUUACAAAGGAAAAUAUGCUAUUUAUUGAUAAGAUAGGAAUUGAAUCUUCUCAACGAAAACCGUGCUCUGAUAUUGCAGAAGGUGGAUUUAAAGCCAGAUUGAGACAUUUAGAUAGCAGCAAACAAUGCAUGAAAGAAGAUAUUGCAUCAUCUAUAAAUUCUGAAUGUUAUACUCAUGCUGGUCUCUAUAUUGUACCAUACGAACUUACAUGCCUUCCCUCUUAUUAUUUCUUUAGUAGUAUGCGCUUUUUCUGUAGAAUAUCAUGGAUGGAAAAAGGUUAUAUGUUCACAGUAGCAGAAUUGGCCGGAUAUACAGAUAAUAAAUAUUGGCUAAUAAGAACUGAUCCUAAUCCUUUGUACAAAGAGUUUGGGUAUACUCAUUCUCUUAUUAUAUCUAGACACUUUGAAGAAACCCUCGAAAAGAAGCCAAAAUCUAUGGACGCUAUAGAAUUUAGUAUGCAAAGGGAUUCGUACGUUAUAAAUAAUUAUGACCUUUGUAUGGAUACUUUCAGAGUCUGUCAAACGGAUGAUUUAAUAUGCGCAAAGAGAAAGACUAAAUGUCCUAGUAAAUGUGGAAUAUGUGAAAGGUUGAAUCCACGUCUAGAUUUUUUUCAUAGCAGUUUAAUUGGAAAUUGGACUGUAAACAAUUAUUCAGUUUCUAUAAAUGAAUCUUCGAUAAUAACAGACACCGGAGAUAAAUUUGAUUGCGUUCAAUUUCGACAUAGCUCAAUUAAAUCAGGAUCGGAUCCGAAUACCAAGCAAUAUUUUGUUGUCAAUUUAAAGAAGAAUGGUUGCGGGCCUAAAUAUACUUGUAUAACAUUUCGUAAGAAUUCUGAUGAGACUUUACUUAUGAAAAUGGGAGAACCUAGGGACAUAUCUCUACUUUAUAAAGAUGGAAAUAGUUCUGCUUCCUGUUCAGAAAACGAUUGUGGUUUGUACUGUAGAUCAAGAAAGUUCGAUAAAGGCAUACUAAGAAGAGGCUCACUCCAACCGUUUUUCAAGAAUGUCUCUAGUAUUGAAAGAGUUAAUUGUAAAUUUCCAAAGCAUAUUAGAAGAGCUAAAGAGUGGGUUGUUGAAAAAUACUCUUCAAAUAAAGCGGAGACUUGUCCAAUUAGAGUCGUAUUUAAAAAACAACGGGUGCUACUUAAUACCGAUAGAAAUUGUACUUUUAAAGUUUCUACAUAUUACAAUUGUUAUGGUUCCUUUAUAAUGGAUAAUAAUUCUGACAGUAUGCAAUUAAUUAGUGCCAAGAGAGAGAAACAAGUAAAUAUGAGGUCUUUUUGCGUCCCUAAAAUGAAUAAAGAUUCAGAUCACUACAAAUUCUACUUAACCAAAGAUCUAGAUUGUUCAAAAGUUUUGUCAAAUAAGUUGUUUUCGUUCCGAUACAAAUAUAAUAGAAUAACAACAUCUACAGUAUCAACAACCUCCUUCGUUAUGACUUCUCCACCGGAAGACAACAAAUUGAAUACAAGUGUAACUGAAUUUGAUACCGAUACAAAAAACUCAACAUUUGUAAUUAUGAAAGUUGCGGAAAAUCGAAGCUUUUUAGCCUUAACUUCAAUUUUUGGAGCAUUUUUCCAAUUUUUUUUUACUUGUCAAUGUUUUAAGUAAAUAAAUAAUUGGAAGACUAUUUAUUACUAUUAAUAUGCCAGAUUCAGCAAAAAAUUAAGUGUGCUUUAACGGAUGUAAAUAUCAAUUAACAUUAAUAGAAUGGAAUGAGAACAAAUCAUCUUUUCUAAUGACUAUUUUCUUUGUUAUUAGACAUUUUCUUACAUAUAUAUAAUAUAUAUAUGUAUACAGUUUAUACACACUCAUUUUGUUAUUAGUUAUAUAAAAAAAACUAUAUUUUUUUAAUGCCAAU